AUGGCCGCAACUUCUCCUCUACGACCGUCCACUCCUGCUCGACCUGUGUUUAACACACCCCAUCUUUCUCCGAGCCGAGUACCCCUCGCCUUCGCCUCUCAAUCAUCCUACAAAUCGGGUCAUCUAGGGCUUGACGUCUUCUCCCCGGUCGACCAGAAUGGGAGCUUUUGUUUUGACCGUGUGAUCAAGAGCGGGAAAGUGUACCGGCGGAUCAAAAACAAGGGAGCCUGGAAGCCGUCAUGGAAGCCGGCCUACCUCGUCCUCCGCCCGAAUCUCUUGUCCGUCUACCAAAAUCCCGACGAGACUGAUCUCAAAGCUUCCAUCACCUUGUCCGAGGUCACGGCGGUUGCCCGCGUUCGAAAAGCCCACACCGAGCAUGUAUUUGGUGUGUUCUCCCCCUCGAAGAACUAUCAUUUUCGAGCUAUGUCCGAGGCAGACACCGAGGACUGGAUCAUGCACAUCCGCUCGGAAGCCAGGACCGAUGAGGAUGACGAUUUGGAUCUUACGGCUCCCCAGCUCUCGAGUAGGGCCGGUGAUCUAUCAAACACUUACGAGUCUACCGAUAUCUCAGCGGAUGAAAUGCACCGUGCUCCGGGCUCCCCUGAGAGACAACCGAGAGCCACUCAGAACCGAGCCAGGACUGGGUCACUGCUCGCGACCAGCCAAAGACGGCCUUCGAAUCUUCAGGAGUAUUCAGGAAACGAGCAAUUUACAACAUCACAUUCCGAUUUCUCGGAUACCAUGGGGAGUUCAUUGCCCAAAAAUUCCUCUUCGUCGCUUGCCAAACAACAACCGCCUUUGACACCGAUUGCUUCGUCGCAGCAACUCAAUGGCAAGAUCGAAGCCAAAGGAAAUGUACAAUUACCUCAACCACCGUUACAUUCCGAAUCCGUUACCGAUCCAGAACGCGUUGUCCGCCAAGGUCACCUACAAAUCCUGAAAUCUCACAAAACGGGUGUCAAAGGGUGGAAAUGGAUCUGGGUUGUACUCCGUUCACGAAGCCUAUCGUUUUACAAGAACGAAGCAGAAUAUGCAGCCGUGAAGAUCCUACCAAUGCACUCCAUUGUCAACGCCGCCGAGAUUGACCCCGUGAGCAAGUCCAAGAAUUUCUGCUUUCAGAUUAUCACGGAUGAUAAGACGUACAGAUUUUGUGCCCCGAGCGAGGAAGAGUUGGACAAAUGGCUGGGUGCACUGAAGAGUGUGCUGAGCAGGCGUAACGAAGUGGAGAAGGCCUUCGCUGCAAAGGCCAAGGACAAAGACCGGGAGAAAGGGAAAGUCAUGGCUACUUUGGAAGGUGCUGCUGCAUUGGUUCUGCGUCAGCAAGCGAUUUGA